CUUUUCACAAAUUUCUCUGAUAAGGAAGCAGGAUGGCAACUAAUGCUCUUAGACCCGGUUUCCGUGUGGAGGUGGAGGGCUUCAUCCCGCAUGGCUGUAAAAGGUUUAACAUAAACUUGGGAAAAGAUUCUAAUAAUUUGGUGAUACACUUCGAUGUUCGAUUUGACCAUCAAGGAGACCAGGGCAAGAUAGUCUUGAACACAAUGAAGGACGGUGCCUGGGGAAAAGAGCAGAAGGAAGGCUUCUUCCCCUUCCAGGCGGGAUCAGACACCAAGAUUUCCUUCACGUUUGAGAACGACAAGAUCAUCAUAAAAUUACCUUCUGGAAGUCAUCUCUCCUUUCCAAUCCGCUUUCCCAUAACGGAUAUCACAUUCGUAUCUGUGGAAGAACUCAAGUCCAAGUCCAUCACACUGACAUGAAGAAUCCCGCAACAGAGGAGCCGCCUGUCCCACGUGUCCCUAUCCAGGAUCUGAGAAAAGGUCAUAGAGGACAGAGAAGAAUUUAUUCAUCCUCCUUUGUAACCCCCCGAAAUCCCCGCCUCCAAUCUGCACCCUUGCUGCUCAUGUAACCAUACCUUGUGCUUUGCUCAGUUCAUUUACUAGAAAUUUAUUUCAUCCACAUUUCAAAAAAAAAAUCCAAUGAGUUCAAUUGUGUCUGAUCAAACCAAUCAAUUUAUUAUUUAGUGCUAAUGAAUUUGUAUUAAAAUCAAAUAAAUAGAAAAUUAACCAGCA